AUCAAUCACAUCAAAAUGGCGGAUGCUCUGUCUCUUCUUCGGCAAUAUAACAUACAGAAGAAGCCGAUAACUGACAGCGAUGGUCACAUAAUUUUUGAUCAGUUUACUUUUCCCAAAGGAGUCAAAACGAACUACCUUAUCUACAAGACAGGCAAAGAUGGCGUGCCCAAAGACUAUUAUACGGUUGAAUCACUGCUAUUUUUGCUGAGGAAUGUCACUCUGUCGUAUCCUUUGUACGUUCAAAAGGCCGUGGCUCAAAAGAUACCUGUUGUUAGGCUGCCAGACAGGAGGGGCGUUCUUUCUUAUUUGAAUGGAGAAGUUGACACAUCUGCCAGUGUUGACAAGAGUGCUCCUCUUGAGUUGGGUGUACAAAGAACGGCUACUCCUUCUACGGCUGCCAAACGACCAGCACAGUCUGAAGCAGAGAUCUCAGCGAAGAAACAGAAACUAGAGGAACAAGAGGAACGAAUGAGACAAGAUAAGGAGAGAAUUGCUGCUAAGCUUGAUGCUCCAGAGCAGACAGAAGUGAUUACAGAUAAAAUAAGGUCACUAAGUGACACUCUUUCUGCUGAGAAGAUUGCGGCUAUCAAGGCUAUGCGUUUGGCAAAGAAGAGAGCUACUAUAAAAUCUGCUGAUGACGAAUUAGAUCGACCUGCACCGCCACAACAGGAUGACAGACUAUUUCUAGCUGCUGAUGUUGAUGUCACAAGAGAUAUUGUCACACGUGAACGCAUACACAGAACGAGGUCUACUGUGCUACACAGUUCAGGAAAGGCAUUUGGAAACGUUCUUUCAAUCCUUUCAUCAGUCAAGGCAAGAGAAGAAGGAGGGAAAAGGCCAGUAAUUGUGCAGUCAGAGAAUGAUGCUGGAAAAGAGAAGAGAAAUGCCGCCCCUGCAUCAUACAGUAGAUACGAUCAGGAGAGGUUCAGAACAUCUCAAGAUACCGAAGGGUUCAGUAUUGACACUAUGGGCACGUAUCACGGGUUGUCUCUACAGACUGUAACGGAAAAGGCAGAAAAAGUGCAGCAAAAGACAACAGCUCAACUCGGAGCAAUGAGCCCCAACUCCAGGCCCAGUAGACCAAAUACUGGGGGAACAAGCACAGCUCGAUCAAAUUUUCCACAGAAGAAAGGAAAAGAUUCUCGAACGCCGAUUAUUGUGAUUCCUGCUGCUCCCACGUCGUUACUUAACAUGUUGAAUGUCAAAGAUUUUCUUCAGGAGUACAAGUUUUUAUCUAGCGAUAAGAAAAAAUCAUCCGGAGCGAAACGAGAAGCAGAGGUGCUAGUGCAACGGAAGAAAGACAGUGGGUCUGUGCUGUAUCGUGUUCUAGAUAAUCCGACCAAACUUAGCCAGCCGGAAUGGGAUCGUGUUGUUGCCGUGUUCGUUCAAGGUCCUGCUUGGCAAUUCAAAGGGUGGCCUUGGCUGACAACAGAUGGAUCACCAGUCGACAUUUUUGCAAGAGUGAAAGCAUUUCAUUUGAAGUACGAAGGCAACAAAACCGAGCUAAAUGUACAGAAAUGGAAUGUUCAAGUGCUUGAGGUGUCACAGACAAAACGACAUCUUGAUCGCGCUUCAAUUUUAAAGUUUUGGGAGAUGAUGGACAAGUUUAUUUCUAAGAACUUUCCACAACUGAGAUACUGAUCGGGAGUUUGUAAUCAUUGCUAUGGUAGCGUACAGACUUACCAGCCCGUAGGACAUUAUUUUCUACUGUACCCUGCACACACGUUACUUGGUCCGAUUUAAAUUAAUUAAAAGAACAUGUUGGAGGUAAUAGAAGCACAGUGCACUGGUCGGUAUGUGGAGACUGACGAAUCUGC